AUUGUACCGGUACCGACUGAUGCGUCACACUGUUAUUAAUAGAGAUAAUUUCCAGCUGAACACUUCUAUCGAGUCAAAAGCAACCUGAUUAUCAACAUUUAAUACUCAGUAACUAUAAACAAAUUAAAAAUUUUAAGUUUGUCGCAUUGAUAUGAUUCUGCAGAUUGUACCUACAGAUCCAAUUAGAAUAGAUAUUCAAAUUUAACCAUUAACAAUAAACAACUUGUGAAGAAAAAUGUGGUUUAUUUCUCUCUGCACCGCCUUCGUUUAUUGGUUCUGGAUACGACCGCUAACCUACUGGAAGAACCGAGGAGUGGCACAACCGGCUUUUUUUACUCAGAACACUCUACCACUCUUAGGAAAUAUGAAAAGUUCACUUUUCCAACAAAAGGACAUAGCGGAAAAUUCUGCCUAUUUUUAUAGGAUGUUUCCAGAUGUGAGGUACUUUGGGUUUUAUCAAUUUCUAAAACCAAAGCUGAUAAUCCGCGAUCCAGAACUAAUCCGAAAAAUAACUGUAAAAGAUUUCGAUUAUUUUGUGGACCACGUAUCUGUUACAGACCCAUCAGUUGAUCCGUUAUUUGCCAAAAAUUUGAUUAGUUUAAAAGGAGAUCAAUGGAGAAAAAUGCGAUCAACCUUAACUAGUUCAUUUAGCAGUAGCAAAAUGAAAAUUAUGUUCAGCCUAAUAUCAGAAUCUGCUCAAAAAUUCAUCAAACACUUUGAGAAAUCGGAUGGCGAUUGUGAGAUUGAUGUAAAAAACGCAUUUUCAAGAUUUACUAUAGAUGUAAUAGCCAGCACCUCAUUUGGAAUUGAAGUUGACUCGAUGAAAAAUCCAAAGAAUGAUUUUUUCAUAUUAGGCAAGGAAAUUACUGAACUAAAUAUUAUAAUGCUCUUGAAAGUGCUUCUUUACCAAUACUUUCCUAGUUUAUACAGGUUUUUCAAUGUGUCGAUGUUUAGAAAGGAAGUAAAUGAUUUCUUCCGAAAUCUUAUCAUUGAAACUAUCCAAACCAGAGAAAAAGAAGGAACUUACAGGCCCGAUAUGAUCCAAAUACUGAUGGAGGCCCAAAAGGGCAGUACCAAAUAUGAUACUAACAAAACGACGGAAGUCGGCUUUGCGGUAGUCCCAGAUGAACAUGAAUCUAAUCUAUUCAAAACUCCAACCACAAUUACGACCGACGAUAUUAGCGCCCAGGCUUUAAUUUUUUUCUUUGCCGGAUUUGAUUCAGUAUCUUCUCUUAUGACCUUUACUGCUUACGAGUUAGCUGUUAACGAAAAUGUCCAAGAUAAACUUAGAGAAGAGAUUCGAAGAACGUUGCAAAGCUGUGAUGGCAAAUUGACUUAUGAGGCAGUCGUUAACAUGACUUAUAUGGAUAUGGUCCUCACAGAGUCCCUUAGAAAAUGGCCGCCAUUUGUGAUACUAGGACGUGAAUGUACAAAACCUUACAUAAUCGAACCAUCGUAUCCAGGUGAAAAAUCUAUAAACUUACCAAAAGGAAUGUCUAUAAACGUUCCGGUGUACGCAAUUCACCGUGAUCCGAAAUACUAUCCUGAACCGGAAAAAUUUGAUCCAGAACGUUUUAGUCCUGAAAACCGAAAGAAACUAAUACCAUACACGUUCCUGGCAUUUGGACAGGGUCCUAGGGCUUGUCUGGGAUCGAGGUUCGCCUUAUUGGAAGUUAAGAUUUUAUUAUUUCAUUUGUUGAAUAAAUUUAAAAUUAUAGCAACGUCAAAAACUCAAAUACCCGUUCAAUUAAGUAAAAAGUUUGCGAUAAACAUACGUCCCGAAAAUGAGUUAUGGUUAGGCUUAAACAAGUUAGAUAAUUAGUGUUAGUUAAUUUAAAUACAGUAAUAAACACAAUAUAACAAAUUUAAACCGACCCGUACAAGGUGAUGCAAAAUUGUCAGAUUUGCACGAGGAGCCAAUGUACUCGCGCAGAUUGUGGUUUAAGCAGCUCGAUUAUUGUAUUUUAAAAGCUUUUUUUGUGGGAAUUAAAUACAAAUUCCACAUCGGUUUAAUAAAAUUUAAUGUGAAAAGAAAAGUAAAAUCUAAUUAACAAACAAAUAUGACCGACUAAAAAUUACAGUACAAAAGAAGGACCACAGAACAUCCCCCUUUAGAAAUGAAAGUGAAUGGAACGAAUCUGUCGAGUUGUUACCACUUAAGUGGUCCGCUCGAUCGUAAGAUGGCGAGGCACGUCAUCGAUUUUUUUCAUUGGGUUAAUAAAAUUGCAUCCAGAACCGAAAGCAAAUCGGGAAAACUCAUAAUAAAACAUACAGGGCCUCUAUCUAUCGGAAAAUGAAUUAAACAAAACAGCUUCUGCAACAUAUAGCAAAAUUUAGUUCCGCGCGAUCUUUCGAUCUAGCGGACCUCAAAACAACCCGACAUGCUCCUUCCAUUUAACAUUCUUUUCUAAAGGAAGAUUUUCUGUGAGAACGACAUAAAACUAAAAAGUCACAAAAAUUGGUAACAUAGUUCUAAUAAGAAAAACCCUAAAAGUAAUACAGCUUUGCUAGUAGUGGGGUCAGCUAUAGUUAAUACUCUAUAUUAACCUAAAAUACUUAUUACGAGCUAAUAGAUGGCGCAAGUCUUAUUCUAACAUUAUUUCACAUUUGCUCGCGUGCAAGCACCGUGUAUAGGCCAGUUCAGAUUUGGGCGACUGUUAAAUAUAAAUGUUAAUUUUUUUCCUAUUAUAUUUACUGUUUACCUAGUUCUAUAAUAAAACAAUUUAAUUUCA